AGGCGGCAAAGUGAAGGAAAGCACGAGAAAGUCGGACGAUCAAGAAGAAAGUCGCAAGAGUCAAGGAGAUUCCCUCUCGACUCCAAUUGUAUUCCGCUCUCGUCCUUCGAAGUUUUCUCGCAGUCAGGUAGACGUACAACCGCUCUACACCUAUACCCUACCCACCGCCUUCGUCUUCUUAUCGUCCUCGAACGACAUAACCAACCAUGCAAUCCGACGAAAUUAUCUGGCAGGUAAUCAACCAAGAGUUCUGCUCCUACAAACUCAAAACCAACACCCUCAACUUCUGCCGCAACGAAUACAACGCAACCGGCCUCUGUAACCGCCAAUCCUGCCCUCUCGCAAACUCCCGCUAUGCAACGAUCAGGGAACACAAUGGUGUCAUCUACCUCUACAUGAAAACCAUCGAACGCGCCCACACCCCCGCAAAAAUGUGGGAAAGGAUCAAGUUGAGCAAGAAUUAUGUCAAAGCAUUGCAGCAGAUCGACGAGAGGUUGAUUUAUUGGCCGAAUCAUAUGUUGCAUAGGUGUAAGCAGCGCUUGACAAAGUUGACGCAGUACCUUAUCAAGGCACGACGGUUGGCGUUGAAGCCCCAGCCAAAGUUGAUUGGGAUUAAGCCGAAGACGGAGAGGAGAGAGGAAGCGCGUGAGCGUAAAGCACUUCAGGCUGCGCGCUUGGAGAAGGCGAUUGAGAAGGAGUUGAUUGAGAGGUUGAAGAGUGGGGCGUAUGGUGAGCAGCCCCUUAAUGUCAAUGAGGAGGUAUGGCGUAAAGUCCUCGAAGCACGUGAGAAAGCAGGUGAUGCGGAGGAGGAUAUCGAGGAGGAAGAUGAGGAGGAGUUGGAGGAGGAGGAUGAGCUUGAGGUGGAGUAUGUGUCUGGUGAUGAUGAGGUUUCGGAUUUGGAGGAUUGGUUUAAUGAACAGGAGGCUGAGGAGCUGGAUCGUGAAGCUGUGGAUUACUUUGAUGGCGAGAAUCAGUAUUCUAGCGAGGAGGAGGACGAGGAGGAUGAGGAAGAUGAUGAGGAGGAUGUUACGGAGGCCAAGAAGGUCGCUGGAAAGAAGAGGAAGGCUGAGGAGGCGAAGAAGCAGCAGAAGAAGAAGCGUGGACCUAGGGUUGAGGUUGAGUAUGAGACCGAGGAG